GGUUUGGUUUUACGCGGGAACAUGAUCGCAAAUCGUGAAAUUUUUGGUUAUUGCUUUUUGGUUAGGUUUGCAUGUUAUUGUUUUUGUUUGUAAUUUUAUAGAAAUGUAGAGGUAGUGUGAAAUAAUUAGCUUGAAAUUUUGGCAAAUAAUAUCAAAUCUUGAAACCCCUAAAUUUCACAAAAUAGUUGUACGCUAUUUAAAAAUAUUACUUUUCUUAGUUUAAUGAGUAGUUGCUCUAUCAAAUCUUAUCAAACUCUUGCAUGUUAAAACUAGUGUGACCAUGGCAAAUAAUAUGAAAUAUCAAAAUAAGCGAAAACAACGUGAAAACGUUGUUGUUGAAUUUAUUGAUGACUCCGAAGUGAAUCAUAUCUUGCCAAUAGAAGACCUACGAUUGAAAAUGGGUUCUAAAAGAAUGAAGCAUAAGGCUCUUGGGAAUGGAAAAUCAGACACUGAAAACUCUCCUUUAGCAUCCAGAAAGAAGCGAUUUUUGAAAAAAGACCAAACAAAUGACAGUGAUGAAGAUGAUGAUGACGAUUAUAGUCUCAAAAAAGACAUCAGGCCUGCUGCCUUGUUUGAGGAUGGCGACGUAGCAGGGAAAGUAAUGUUUGGUUUCCACACGCCAAAAAAGAAGAAUGCUAUGAUUGAGAAAGCAAGAUUGUCUUCGAGUAAAACAACCCCCAAGCACAGUCCCAGAACUCCGCAAGUGAUCGGCCUCACUCCGAAAACUAGACGAUCGAUAUUGGCCACCAAGGAACCGCAAAGUGUUGAUUACUCCAGCCCCGGUUGUUUGAAACGCACUGCUGAUAAACGCUCAGUUCGCAAUCCGUUAACGAAAAGCAGGCGAUCGAUAAUGUGGAAUGACGAUAACAUCAAAGAGACGUCCAGUCCACGUUCCAAAAAUGUUCUCAAAGAACAGAAUUGUGAUAGCAGUAUACCAGACACCAAGAUGCCUUCCACUCCUUAUAACAUUAGAACUCGACUCAAAUCAAAGAUAGCAGCAAAAGUUAUGGAAAGCGACAGCGAAGAGAGCGACGUUGAUCUGCCGUCAAGUGACAGUGACAGUGAUAAAUUCAAGAGUAGUGAAUCAAGUAGCUCUGACGAUUCAGACAAUGAAAAUGCAGAACAAGUUCCCGCUGGGAAAAAAUUGGAUAGGGUUUACAGUGAUUCAACCAGAAAAAAAGGGAGAGAUCUCACUUACGCGAUAAGUGUUGACGACUAUUUCAGUUCAACAUCUUCCAAGAAGAAUAAAACAUCAAAUCACACAUUGAGCAAAUUGAAAAGUCCACGUAUCAACGAAGAUCAACUAGCAAAGCUACUGAAACGCAGUCACUCGCAGUGCACUCACACUGCUGCCUUGCAGUCAUUGCACAAGCUAUGCAUUUCACAACACCACUUCGACAGUUGGUGCUUCUAUCUCAGAGAAGGCUUCAGCGUUUUGCUGUACGGACUUGGAUCCAAGAAAUUUAUUCUAGAUGAAUUUCACCAGAAAGUCCUCACUAAUGAAUAUGUUCUGGUUAUCAAUGGAUUUUUCCCAGGACUUUCCACAAAAGAGAUAGCUGAUUCAUUAGCAGAACUACUGAACAUGAAAGAUGUACCUUCACAACUGAACGAGGUUGUAGAAAUGUUAGAAAUAAGUUUGUCGCGUAAAUCAAGUCCCGAUAUAUUCUUGAUUGUCCAUAAUUUGGAUGGUGUAAUGCUGCAAUCGGACAAGGCUCAAUCGUUUUUGUCGAGCUUGGCUCGGCUGCCCAAAUGCCACCUCCUAGCAUCAAUAGACCACAUCAAUGCGCCUCUCAUGUGGGAUGAUAAAAAGCUCAGCAACUACAAUUUCAUAUGGGAAGAUUCGACAAACUACAAUCCCUACUUCGAUGAAACCAGCUUUGAAAAUUCGUUGCUUGUGAAGAACACUGGUGGCCUAGUCCUGUCAUCACUCAAAAGCGUCUAUCAGUCCCUCACGAAAAAUGGCAAGGAUAUAUUCAAACUGCUCGUCGAAGAUCAUCUAGCCAAUAAGAAGAAUAAGAAAUACUCAGGUCUAGGAUUCAGUGAACUGUAUUGGAAAUGCCGUGACAAUUUCCUUGUCAGCACUGAUUUGGCUCUCCGUAGUCAAUUGACUGAAUUCCUGGAUCAUCAGAUUCUGAAAUGGCGUCGAGACUGCGACCACCUGUUCAUUCCCAUCGAUUCCACUCUACUCGAGCAGUUUGCUAGUUGCAUCGAAGAGCAAGGCAUUUGAUCAACUUAUUUUUUCUGUUUUAUUGUUUAACUCAUCACUUAGUUUAUACUAGUAUUGAUCGUCAACUCAUUUACCAUGUCAAACAUAUUCAUUGUUUUAUUAUUAAAAUUGAACUUUUCUAAAAA